CUGCCCUAGCGCUGCCGCACCACCGCAGCCACCACCACUUCUCCAGGUUUCCAAUCUAAAAGGAUUCUCUUGUUAAGGAAUCCAACUACACAGCUUGUGGAAUGUGGGGAACCAAUACUGAGGUAUCAGUUUUAUGGGUGCACCAGAAACCCUAGGAAAGCAGCUCAUCAAACUGAAUUGUCUUCUUGCUGAUUUCACUAGGUCUCACCAUUACCACUCUGCUCUCAACCUUUUUCACCAUAUCCAUUCCUCCCACACCCUGAGACCGGACCAUUACACCCUCUCUACCGCUCUCACUGCCUGCGCAAACGUCCAAGACGCCGUCUUGGGCGCCCAAAUCCACGCGUUCUGCUUUCGGGCUGGGCUGAGACGCUUCCCCCAUGUUGCGAAUGCUCUGCUUUCCUUGUACGCCAAGUCCCACGAUUUGCGUUGUGUCAAAAGGCUCUUCGGUGAGAUUCAUAACCCAGAUGUUUAUUCGUGGACUACUUUGCUGUCUGCCUGCACGAAGCUGGGCGAAGUUGGGUAUGCACUUCAGGUGUUUGAUCAAAUGCCACAGAGAGAUGUUGCUGUGUGGAAUGCCAUCAUCACGGGCUGUGCAGAGAGUGGGUACGAUGAGGUUGCUUUGAAAUUGUUCCAGAAGAUGCAUUCUUCGGGCGUUGCACACGAUAAUUACACUUUUGCCAGUGUGUUGAGCCUUUGCUCUUUGGAUUUAUGGAGGCUUGGCAGGCAAGUGCAUUCAGCAGUGGUCAAAACAGGGUUUUUGAGUAGAACUUCUGUCACCAAUGCUUUGCUAACAAUGUAUUAUAACUGUAAAUCUGUUUCGGACGCGUUCCGGGUUUUUGAAGAUGCAGAUGAUGGAGUGAUUGAUCAAAUAACUUACAAUGCAAUGAUUGCCGGGCUCGUCAGCAUGGAAAGAAACCAAGAGGCUCUGACAAUGUUCAAGCGUAUGCAAAAUGUUCGUCUGAUGCCAACUGGGUUGACUUUUGUCAGUCUAAUGAGUUCCUGUUCUGAUGCAACAGUUGCAGCCCAAACCCAUUCUCUGGCAGUGAAACACGGUUUUGAUGAUUCCACUUCGGUGAGCAAUGCUGCCAUAGCCAUGUAUUCCAACUGUGGUGACUUGGAAACGACAUGGUUGGUUUUCCAGAGAAUAAAAGAGAGGGAUGUUGUGUCGUGGAAUUCAAUGAUAACAAGCUAUACCCAAGAGAAUAUGUGUGGAGAAGCAAUCUCGGCAUACAUUGAAAUGCAGAGGGAACAGGUUUCUGCAGAUGAGUUCACUCUAGGAAGCUUGCUGUCGAUUCCACAGUCCGUAUCCGGCGCCGAGAUGAUUUUGUCCAUCGCAAUCAAGAACGGAUUAAUCUUGAAAACCGAAGUUUCUAACUCAGCGAUUUCUUCCUUUUCCAAGUUUGGAGAAAUAGAGCAGGCCUACAUGCUUUUCUGUGACAGCAGGUUCACAAGAAACAUGGUCACAUGGAAUGCAAUGAUCUCCGGUUUUCAAUCAAACGGAUUCCCCACACAGGGUUUAAACCUCUUCACUGAGCUUCUGGCAACAUGGCUAACCCCUAAUGCUUCCACCCUCAGCACAGUCUUGAGUUCAUGUGCGAAUAUCCAUUCUCUUCCGCACGGGAAAGAGAUCCACGCAUACAUUCUGAAAUUCGGGUUAUUUUUGGAGCCAUCUUUAGGGAACACGCUGAUUGCCCUCUACUCAAAGUGUGGGGUUUUACAUUGGGCUGUGAGGGUUUUCCAGACCAUGCCCGUAAGAGAUUCGGUCACGUGGAAUUCGAUGAUAUCUGCAUAUGCACACCAUGGGAAAGGAAGGGAAGCCAUUGAUGUUUUUGAAAUGAUGUUAGAUUGCAGUGGAGGAGGAGUUAGACCAGACACUGCCACUUUCACUGGAGUUCUAUCAGCUUGCAGCCAUGCAGGUCUGGUAAAAGACGGGAUUCAGAUUUUUAACUCCAUGGUAAAUACUCAUGGGGUAAAACCCAGAGUGGAACACUUCUCUUGCAUCGUUGAUAUUCUUAGCCGAGCCGGGUAUCUGGACGAGGCAGAAAAGAUGGUAAAAGAGAAGACGAAGAAGAAUGUUGAGGUCGAGGACUCCACUGUUUGGUGGGGUUUGUUGAGUUCUUGUGCAGCUCAUGGGAAUGCAAGACUGGGAAGGAUUGUUGCUGGGAUUCUGCUCGAAAGUGAAAGAGACGAUCCCGCGGUUUACGUGUUGCUGUCGAAUAUUUAUGCCGAUGCCGGGAAAUGGGAAGAGUCUGCUAGUGUGAGGGAAUUGAUGCAGAGAUUUAGGGUUAUGAAGCAGCCAGGCAGUAGUAGUCUGGUUAGAUGAUGAUCACUCCCAUAAUUUUUGAAUGCCCUGGUUUAGCCAUUCCUUUGAUGAAUUGUUGCAUAUAUGUUUUUUUUAAUACUUUAUACGACCUCCGUCCCUGAGUAUUUAUCCAGUUUUGACUUUUUUUAUCCAAUUAUUUUCACCAUUUGGCUUUUAAUUAAAUAAAAUAUAUAUUGUACAUUAAUUCAAUAAAAAAUAUUUUUGAAAAUACUUUGCAUAAUAAAUUUAAUAAAAUUAU